GUUAAAUUGCUGUGUGAUGAUAUUUUGUCCCAAUUCCCCAAGACAAGAUUUCUCCUCUGCCUUCCACCGGCGCUCAUCCGUUCCUCCCUCCGAUCUCCAUUGCCCAUGAGCGGCUGCAGAUAGACGACGCCAUUGACCAAGGCACGGGAUCUGCGCUUGCAUCGUCAGAGGUUCUCUUCCCGGCGACGAUCCUCGAAGAAGAAUAAGAGAAAUCCAAGAAUUUUACGGCAUUGCUCGGCUUCCUGAUCUCAUGGCUUCUCUUUGUUUGUGCAUUGCUUCCGUUUGGUGGUUUCCUUAUGUCUGCUGAUUUCUCUUGGAGAUCCUACAAUUCCAGUUAUUUUCACUGAACACAUAUAAGGCAAUGCUGCUUCAGGAGCUUCUAUGUCAUGUCCACACAAGACCAUACUUGUUGCCACAUUUGAGCUUGGAAGAUUAUCUGGCAUUUUAGUGCAAUUCUGAAUAGUCUUCCUCAAAGCAUCUUCUGUACGAAUUUUAUUAGACAACUCAACUGAGCCUCCUCCUUGAAGAUCUUCCAUAGCUGAACCCAAUACCAACUUGUGUGGAUCUGAGCCAGACUGCCCUGAUACCUUGUUAGCAUCCUUAGUACUGCUAACACUUUUAAUAGGUGUCAAUCUGACUGGAUUGCUGUUUGGAGGAGGGGAGGCCUUGUCAAUUCUUUUCCAUCCAACAGCACUUUGAUGUGUAACCUUGGCUAGUGCAGCAGGUCUUGCAAAAUGGGAGAAGUUCAUCAGACCAGAUAUGGUUGGUUGCUGCAGUUGCUUGGAACUUUUCAAUCCCUGAUUUUGCAACCUUCUGUCCAUCACAUCCCUACAAUGCAGUUUUUGAGCUACGUCGAUAGCACUACCACAGCUAUCAACUACAGUCGACUUUGAAUUAAGAGCUGAAGCAUGAUUUUGCUGUGGAUGGGUGGCCUUCAUUCUGCCCGACGCCCAAUUCCAUCUAGGUGCUUUAGUAGCAUGGCUCCUGUCCGUGUUGUUUGAUCUCCUAACUUCUUGACUGAACUUGUCAGAUUGACCUGUUGCAGCAAUACUACACUUGGGUGCGGAAAGAGGAUCCAUAUCAAAUGCUAAGAACUCAUUCAAGAACUCAGCACAAUAAUCAUUCUGGGGCUGGAGAGUCUCACUUGUCAAGACUUCCUCGACUGGAAAACUAAUCCAUGGGACAGUAUCAUCUUCUUGAGUAUUCACUCCCCUGUUCGCAGAAUGCUUUGUUGUGCAAUAAUCAUGUCCAUCAGAUCGCGACUGAGAGAAUUUUGGAUCUUUUUCCCUGGUCUGUUUUGCUUGAACUGUGCCAUAACAGAAGGCAGUGCUAGGAAAGGAGCUCUUUGGAGCCCUACUAGUCUGGCUCUGUAUCACAAUUUGACCAUUCUCCCAUAAUAGAUCAGCAAACUCAUUAUCAGAUCUUUAGCACAAAUCCAUGAAAAGAGAAGGUAAGAUACCAUAGUGAUCUAUUGGGGACACAGCAACAAACAAUAAACAAAUUAAUCUGACAUGCAGCUGGACUAAGAUGUACUUACAUAGCGAACGGGUCAGAUGAAUCAUUUGUCAUCCUUGGUUGUAUGAUUUCUUGCUUAUGCCUCAACAUCCACGAAUGAAGUUCAUGGUUGCAACAGAGGUCGCUUUUGAAGUCUCAUGAAAUUCACUGCUCCAGCACAACUACCAAUAUCACAAAGGUUCAAGUUAGAAAAUUUACAGUUCAGGCUGACAUGCAUCUAAUGAGGUGCUUAUGUUCUUCAGACGGGAUCUGCAGCAGCACAUAAAUUGUCCAGCUAAAUUCCAUCUUUAGUAGAACAGAAAGAAACAACGGGGGAGAACACAAAUCUUGCCUCAGCUACGGCUUAAGUUUUCAUAGGAAUGGCAAGAAGAAUGAGUAGACUUGAAGGCAUAAAAUCAAAUGUAAAUUCUUGAUUCAGCUCCUGAGAAAUCAAUGAAUUGAAAGAGUCAGAAAACAACUCUAGUCAUGCAAACAUUAGCAGAAGAGAGCAAGAAGAAACCUAAAUAUCAAGCUCGAUUCCUGGACAAAUUCCAUCAAAUGGUCAUUUAUUCUCUUGCUGGGUUUACAAGUGCUCGGCAGCUAGAUCUCUAUUAGAAGACCAUAACUGGCAGAGCACAAAGGCCCAAAACCAGCAUGCAGGAAUGGGUGUCACGUGAACCUCACGAGGUGUCACGUUCUGAAGCUGCUACGUCAGCGAUGGUUUUUUGGGAUGCGGGGCAGAUAACCAACAGUUUCUGCUGAGAUGGGAUGGAUUCGUUGUUGCUGGGGCCCAGACAAAAGGUACCUGUAGUGGCAUGAGUCACUCACUGCAGUAGUUUUAUUUAUUUAUAUGCCGAUUAAUUAUGAGAGCCAUCGGUUCAAUUUUAUAAAAAACAAAAAAUCAGAUAAAUUGAAAAGUGUUUAUAGAAAAGAAAAUUAAUUUUAUGAACCGUUUAUUGAAAAGAAAAUUAUCGUUAAUUCAUCUAUUGGCUAUCAAAUAAAUUUAAAAAAUGAUAAGAGGUCCAUUCACAGUCGGGUUUUUUUAAAUUAAUAUCGAGUAAAUGACCUUGUUUAAAAUUGAUUCCAGAUGUUCUCGUUUUUGCCACUUAGGUUAUGCAACUUAUAGCUUGUAUAACUUUUGGCGUUCAUACAACUUGAAGGUAAAUUUUACUUUUUAUUUUCUCUAAUUGUCAUGAAAAGAAAAGGUACGGUGGAUGAAGAUAUAGUUUUUUUUGUUCAUGAAGAUAUAGAUAAUGCAUUGUAAAAUUUGUGUGAUGCAUGAUAAUUGCUCUUCACUUUUCUUUCUCACGUGUAAUGCUUAUAUUUAGGUAGAGUUUGGUGGAGAGGAUUUUGCAUUGUAGAUGCAUCGAAUUUUAAAUUUUAAAGGAUGAUUUGGGGGUUGACAAUUUAUGUUGUGUUAUGCUAAUUUAAGGAAGGAAAAUAAGUGGGUUUAGUCAUUUAUCGCAAUAUGGUUGUUAUUUUGUGCCAUCUAUUUAAUUUAUAUACUCAAAUUGUAUUAAUUUAGAUCUUGUCUUUAUUGUAGUAAAAAAUAAAAUUGUCACUUUAGUAGUCCGGUAGUCUCACACACUUAAGGGGAUAAAUUAUGGGGUAUUUAUCUUAGUCCGACAGUCCUUUGGGAGACAAACGUCUAGUGAAAUUGUUACCCAGUUGAGAGAGAAAAGAGAAAAAAUAAUGAUAAUGAAAAUUUUAAAUUAGUUAAUUUAGUGUACAAUAAAAAAUAAAUAUUUAAAUUUAAUAAAAUAGAUGAUUUAUUGUAAAUGUUAAAAUAUUAUAGAAAAAUUGAGAUGGAUCCUCUUAUAGUUGUUGUGCGAUUGGAUUAUGUUUAAUAUUUAAAAUCUAUUUAUUAGUUUAUUCUCUAAUCCAAUAUGUGAUAUUGGUCGCAAUCGCUAAUAAUUUUAAUAUCUUAACAAUAGCAAUCAGGGCUGUGCAAAAAAAUCGGUAAACCAAAAAUCAAAUCGGAACCGGUAACUUACCGGUUUCAAUUUACCGGUUAACCGGUUAAUCAAUUUUAAUCGGUUCCAGUUAAUCGAUUUUUACCGGUUGAUUUCCGGUUUUGGACUUUUUUUACCGGUUUAACCGGUAAACCGGUAAAAUUAGGAACCGAUCGAUUUUUUUUGGAGAAUUUUUAGUUGGGCCUUUAGUUAAUUAGUUUCUAAAAAAAAAAAACUCAAUAACCCACUUCACUAAGUACACUUAUCCAAGUCCAAUAAUUUUUACCGGUUCUCGGUUGGAAUCGAUUAACCAACCGAAGUCGGUUCAAUCGGAAUUGAUAGAACCAGUAAGAUAUCGGUCAGUUAACCGGUUUUAAAUAAACUAGAGUAAAUCAGAAAUAAUCAAAACCGAUAAAUCGGUUAACCAACCGGUUAAACAUGCCUAAUAGCAACGCAUAUGCUAGAGAAUUAUUAGAACAAAAAAAUCAAAAUUUGUGAAAGAAAAUAUUAUCCAUUACAUAAGUACCGCUAAAUGUUUUCCUAAUGGGCUGACGCAUACGGCCCAUUUCGAGUUGAGAUAACGUUACACAGCAGGCGAGAUCCUUUUUCGAAUUUGAAAUCCCUAACUGAAUCGAACGUUGCUACUCUUCAACCUCGAGAUAAAACCAAUCUGCGAAAAAAAUCUCAUCUGAGAUCGGAAGAACUGACCGGAUCAAAAGGCGCAGGUGAAGCAGCAGCAUGAGGCGCCAUGGAUGGCAGCUUCCUCUCCAUCUCUUUCAGUUCGUGGGGAUGACGGUGUUUGCUUUCCUUGUGAUCUCCUUCUAUGUUUUCCUCGGGCCUUUCCUCGGGAACAGAAUCCUCAAGAACACGAUCUUGACGCUCUUCUCCUUCACGGCAUUUUCAGUAGCAGUCCUGUACAUGAGGUGCACCGCCACUGAUCCAUCCGACAAGACUAGUGUUAAGAAAAGGAAGCGGGCCAAAUCCGGCGGCUUGCCGAAGCUGAACUACAAGUUCAUCUUGUGGCAGGUGGUGGUGAGGUUCUUUAAGAGGGUGGAGAGCAAGAUCCUCAGGUGCUGCAUCAGGAGGAAGUAUAUGGAUCCGUGGCAUGGCAGCAUUCAGAUGGAGCCUCUACUGUCUUUUCCCCUUGUUUUCCUCGAUGACGCCACAUCAGCCGAUCGGAAAGAUGACGACAUCACCUUCUGCACUCUCUGUGAUUUUGAGGUAAAGAAACACAGCAAGCAUUGCCGGAGUUGCGAUAGGUGUGUCGACGGAUUCGAUCAUCAUUGUAGGUGGUUAAACAACUGCAUUGGGAGGAAGAAUUACACCACCUUCAUCCUUCUUAUGGUUCUCACAUUGUUGAUGCUUAUCGUUGAAGGCGGAUCGGCAAUUAUAAUCUUCAUUCGCUGCUUCACAAGUGGCAAAACAUUAGCUCAUGAAGCAAAAGAGAUACUCCAUGCUGAGAUUCCCAAAGGAGUUUUUGUAGCAAUAUCAAUAUUUUUGGCAUUGCUGACAACAUAUAGCACUGCAGCACUGGGCCAGCUCUUUUUGUUCCAUGUAGUUCUCAUCAGAAAGGGAAUGAGAACUUAUGACUAUAUUCUGGCAAUGAGAGAAGAGAGUCAAUCCGUCGACCCGUUUGAUGAGUUGUAUUCAUCUUCGGAUGAUAGUGAGGAUGACCUCGACUCACCCGAAAGACCCACUCUGUUCUCCAGGAUAUGUAGAAAACUUGAAAACAGUCAAAGUUCUCAAAGAUUAUCAAUAAGGAUUGAAAAAGACUCAAGUUCCUCGACUCCGAACAGCAAGGUAGAAUUCCAAAUCGACCCUUGGAAACUCAUCAGGAUGAGCAAAGAGAAGACAAUGAUAGCGGCAGAGAGAGCAAGGGAGAAAAUGAGGCAGAAAUUGACACCCAAAGUAACCGGACUAUCGAUAUCACCACUGAAGCCACUACCAUCAGAGAUGAGACAUGGACCCUUAACAAACCAGGAAGUGAAGAGAGUCGUCGUUAAAGAUCACAUGGCAGUUAACUCGAGGGCUUGGUUUCCAAAUUCACCAAAUGGUCAUUUGUCUAGUCCCAGAAGAAGGUUCUCAGGGUCUCCAUCUCCGAGACCGCAAAUGUACAGAAACAGCUUCGACCCAAAGUUGACAGAGAUUUCAAGGGAACUUGAGACUUAUAUCUCCAAGCAAGUGCUAUCCUCGGUUCUAAAACAAGAAACGUCUUCGCCAUCAUAGUUUAAUAGAGAUCAUACUUUAGCAUGCUUCCAUUUUGCUCGCUGCUGCACUCUCUUGAAUCUGUUUUUCUCAUCCUUUGAGAAACGCUUGACUAUUAAGAAAUUUCAAUAGAUUUGUUUUACCUGUGAAGAGUGUUAUAGAUCGUAGCUAAGUGGCCUCCAGAAACCCAUCUUAGAUUUGUAAUCCAAUUACUCAGAUAUUGCAACAUAUGAAUUGUGUAAUUCUUUCUAUCACUGAUGAUAUAUUAGGCUCUAUUUUUUUGUUUUCUACA